AUUAUGUUUGCAUAUACAUUAUUUCUAGAAGAUCGUACAUCAGUGCACGACGUUUUUUUAAAGUAUAAAAUUUUUAAAUGGAGCGCCAAUUUCUUAAAUUACGCGCCAGAAAUUAAUAUAAACAAAAGACAAUCGAAAAUGCUGUAACCACCUGUCAGCUUCAAUUUUAAUUUUAGUUUUUAGUUUUAAUAUUGUAACUACAUAAUUAGUUUAUGUUAAUUCUGGAUUUAUGCAGUUCAGUACAAAAGUUUUAAUUUAAUAAGUGCAAUGAAGUUAUAUUUACUGAAAAUUUAGUACCUAAACAAAUCAUAUAUUUUUUAUAUUGUGAUAAAAACUUGGUUGGUUUUAUCAAGUUUUAUUAUUUCCAUUACUAAGAUGGCAUCUAAGGAUCUACCAAUUGAUCUGCUAAAGGCAGAUAUUAAUAACAUUAAAAAGUAUAUACAAAAAGCAUUACAAGAAGAGACCAUAAAUGAAAGUUUAUUAUCUGAAGGGAUUGAUACAUUGGGGAAUAUAUCUCCAACAAUUAAGCCUAAAGCAUUUAUAAAAUAUGUUCUAAAAUACAUAGAGUUAGUUAUAAUAUUUGGAAAUGGCAGGGACUAUUAUACACAAGCCACUGUGACCAGAAAAUAUUUUAAUCAUAUUACAGAUAUGAUUCCCGCUGAAGUUCAAGAGGAAUUUUUAAGACAAGGUACUCGACUCGUUUUUGAUUAUGUUCUAGAAGAAAAUACUGAGAAUUGGUGUAUAAAAAAGGAGCUACUCAGAUUUUUUAAUGACACUAGUUUAGAUUGUAAAAGGAAAGUGAAGCAUGAUAUAGUGGAUAAGUUACCACAAAUAUAUUUGCUUAAGUUAGUGGACAGUGUUACUUCUUGUGCUGAUUACGACCUACAAGCAGUAAUAUUGGAAUUAAUUUUCCGCAUGUACAGCCAACGUAUCAUCCACAGCAAAUUAUAUGAAUUAAUCCCCGAGUCCGAAGAAUUGACCAGUUUGUUUUCCCAAAUAAAAGCCGUAACUUUUGACGAAGACUUAAAGAAAUUUUUGAAUACCUUGAAUGCAAAAUACGACAAAGUUUUUACUCUUCUGUGUACUGAUAUAAUCUUAGAUAACACAUGUUCUAUUCCAGUUGAGGAGGGCUUUGACGUUCAUUUUAAUGUGUGGCACAAAGCUCUCUCGUGGUACCAACUUCAACAGGAUGAAGAUGGACAUGAAACAUGGGAACUGAUAACAGUAUUUGUAUCGAAUGUAGACAUUGCAUAUACACGCAAUAAAAAAGAAGAACCAGAAAAGUUAUUUCUUGAAAUAAAAUUAAAUGGUCCGUGUCUGACAUCGCUCACAAGCUACCAGGAAUCGAGAGAUGUAAUUAGGGAUAUAACGGUAGUCACAAAAAAAUCCGAAAUAACUGAUGAACAUCUGUACAGAUCUUUAUUACAAAAAUUUUUUGAUGGCAAAUUUCGCAUACUACCAAACGAAAAUUUAAACAUCUUAAGAACAGAUGUCAUUCCUGCACCAGAGAAUGAAAGUAUAGAACAAUUACCAACUUCAAAUCAAUCUGACGAAUCAUCUUUAAAUGUAUUGGAUCCUGCGACGACAACGCUCCAUGAUAGCCGAAUAUCAUCGAAAAAUAUAUCGACAGAUGAAUCGAAAAGAUUACUUACUUCAAGUGGAUCAGUUGCAGAAAUCAUUUCUAUAGUGACUACCACAGAACACGACGUUACUACGGAUCUCAGUGAACACAGGACAUCACCAAUAAAGAAUUUAACUCCAUUGAAAAUAUUAGGUGGGAGAUGUACUGGCAGAGCAGUUAUUUAUAAAAAUUUGAUAAGGUCUCAAGGUUCAUCGGUGGAACAAAAUUUUACCGAAAGCAUUCAAAAAACUAAUCAAAAUUUUAACAUUUCCGUUGAAGAAUCGAAAGAUGAAACCGAAUAUUCAACAGCGAUCGAGGAUCCGGAUACAUCAACCUCUGAGUUGACAGAACAAUUUGAAUCGAUGAAAGUUGUUAUAGAUCAUCGAAGAUCAUCCAAAGAAAAGGCACUAAGUAAACCGAAAAGUAUUAAAGGAUUAAAGUCUAAAAAUAAUAAUCAACGCACCAAAACAAAGAAAAAACAAAAUGAGAGCACGACAGGAAAGCACAAACCAGGUUCUGGAAACUAUGUUAUUGAAGAGGACAAUUAUGUUUCGCCACCUGCCCUCACCGUUUUGCCAAAAGUAAAACCAUCUCCCACUGUUGAUGAAACUGAAAGAGAUCAGAAAAAAAUGUCAUUCAAAGUAUCAACUUGUAUUAAAACUACAAAAACUGCGAAAGAAAAUGGAUUAAAAACAAAACCUCUAAAAGGAAUAAAAAUAAAAAAUUCGAAAAAACCAGUGCUUGAUAUUUUAGGGCAAAAAUUUGACCAUGACAACGAAAAUCAAUCUUCAGCAGCUGUUUCUGCCUCAACACAACAAAAUACAAGUGAAAAGUCUGUAAAAAUAUCAGCAUCAGAUGGAACUGACGAAUAUAAUUCUCAAAAGAGUCCAAUCGAGUCACAGGAAACUUUUUCUGAAAGCAGCAAGGGUAAAACGAAUAAUUCAAUAUCCGAAGAAAAGUUCAUCGAAGGUAUAGAUGUGAAUGAAAAAUCAUUAGAACACGAAAAAACAUUUCCCGCUCAAGAUGAAACUGAAAGAGAUCCGAAAAAAAUGUUAUCAUCGAAAGUUUCAACUUGUAUUAAAACUAAAAACGAUGCGAAAGAGAACGAAUUGAAAACAAAAGUUUCUUCGAAUCUAAAAGGAACAAAAAUAAAUAAAUCGAAAAAAACAGUGAAUCAGAAAAAAACAGAGUUUGACCACGGCAACGAAAGUCAACAUUUAGCAGCUGUUUCUGCCUUAACACAACAAAAUGCAAAAGAUCUCUUGCAGUCUGUAAAAGCAUCAGCAUUUGAUCGAACACGCGAAUAUGGUUCUCAAAAGAGUCUGGUAGAGCCCGAGGAAAGUGUUCUAGGCACCAAGGAAACCAUAUCUGAAGAAUUCGAUUCAAAUUAUUUGUUACCACCUACACGUAUCGUUUUACCUAAAGCAUCAACAUCCAAAAUAACUGUUUCUGAAAGCAAGGGUAAAGCUGAUGAUUCGAUAUCUGAAGAAGAGUGUAUCGAACUUAUAGAUGUGAAAGAAAAAUCAUUAGAACAGCAACAAACAUUCCCCGCUGUUGAUGAAACUGGAAGGGAUCAGAAAAAAAUGUUGUCAUCCAAAGUUUCAACUUGUACUAAAACCACAAAAAGUGCGAAAGACCACCAAAUAAAACCAUCUGUACCUUCUGUUCUAGAAGAAAAAGAAGUAAUAAAAAAAUCUAAAAAACCAAUGCGUUCAAAACAUCGCCGGCGUUCUGAUGUUUUAGAUCAAGAAGUUGACCACGACAACGAAAGUCAACCUUCAACAGUUGUUUCUGCCUUUUCACAACAAGAUGCAAGAGAUCUCUUGCAGUCUUUAAAAAUAUCAGCAUUUGAUCGAACACACGAAUAUGGUUCUCAAAAGAGUCUGAUCGAGUCCGAGGAAAAUGUUCUAGGUACCGAGGAAAAUGUUCUAGGUACCAAGGAAAUCAUAUCUGAAGAAUUCGAUUCAAAUUAUUUGUUACCACCUACACGUAUGAUUUUACCUAAAGCAUCAACAUGCAAAAUAACCAUUUCUGAAACCAAGGGUAACGUGGGUAAUGCCAUAUCUGAAGAAGAGUCUAUCGAAGUUAUAGAUGUGAAAGAAAAAUCAUUAGAACAGCAACUAACAUUCCCCACUAUUGAUGAAACUGGAAGGGAUCGGAAAAAAAUGUUGUCAUCCAAAGUUUCAACUUGUACUAAAACCACAAAAAAUGCGAAAGACCACCAAAUAAAACCAUCAGUGCCUUCUGUUCUAGAAGGAGUAGAAGUAAUAAAAAAAUCUAAAAAACCAAUGCGUUCAAAACAUCUUCGGCGUUCUGAUGUUUUAGAUCAAGAAGUGGAAAACGACAACGAAAGUCAACCUUUAACAGUUGUUUCUGCCUUAACACAACAAAAUUCAAGAGAUAUCUUUCAGUCUGUAAAAGCAUCAGCAUUUGAUCGAACACGCGAAUAUGGUUCUCAAAAGAGUCUGGUAGAGUCCGAGGAAAGUGUUUUAGGCACCAAGGAAACCAUGUCUGAAGAAUUCGAUUCAAAUUAUUUGUUACCACCUACACGUACCAUUUUACCUAAAGCAUCAACAUGCAAAAUAACUGUUUCUGAAAGCAAGAGUAAAGCUGAUGAUUCAAUAUCUGAAGAAGAGUGUAUCGAACUUAUAGAUGUGAAAGAAAAAUCAUUAGAACAGCAACAAACAUUCCCCACUGUUGAUGAAACUGGAAGGGAUCAGAAAACAAUGUUGUCAUCCAAAGUUUCAACUUGUACUAGAACCACAAAAAGUACGAAAGACCACCAAAUAAAACCAUCAGUGCCUUCUGUUCUAGAAGGAAUAGAAGUAAUAAAAAAAUCUAAAAAACCAAUGCGUUCAAAACAUCUCCGGCAUUCUGAUGUUUUAGAUCAAGAAGUUGACCACGGCAACGAAAGUCAACCUUCAACAGUUGUCUCUGCCUUAACACAACAAAAUGCAAAAGAUCUCUUGCAGUCUGUAAAAGCAUCAGCAUUUGAUCGAACACGCGAAUAUGGUUCUCAAAAGAGUAUGGUAGAGUCCGAGGAAAGUGUUCUAGGCACCAAGGAAAUCAUAUCUGAAGAAUUCGAUUCAAAUUAUUUGUUACCACCUACACGUACCGUUUUACCUAAAGCAUCAACAUGCAAAAUAACCGUUUCUGAAACCAAGGGUAACGUAGAUAAUGCCAUAUCUGAAGAAGAGUCUAUCGAAGUUAUAGAUGUGAAGGAAAAAUCAUUAGAACAGCAACAAACAUUCCCCACUGUUGAUGAAACUGCAAGAGAUCAGAAAAAAAUGUUGUCGUCCAAAGUUUCAACUUCUACUAAAACCACAAAAAAUGCGAAAGACCACCAAAUAAAACCAUCUGUACCUUCUGUUCUAGAAGUAACAGAAGUAAUAAAAAAAUCUAAAAAACCAAUGCGUUCAAAACAUCUACGGCGUUCUGAUGUUUUAGAUCAAGAAGUUGACCACGACAACGAAAGUCAACCUUUAACAGUUGUUUCUGCCUUAACACAACAAAAUGCAAAAGAUCUCUUGCAGUCUGUAAAAGCAUCAGAAUUUGAUCGAACACGCGAAUAUGGUUCUCAAAAGAGUAUGGUAGAGUCCGAGGAAAGUGUUCUAGGCACCAAGGAAAUCAUAUCGGAAGAAUUCGAUUCAAAUUAUUUGUUACCACCUACACGUACCGUUUUACCUGAAGCAUCAACAUCCAAAAUAACUGUUUCUGAAAGCAAGGGUAAAGCUGAUGAUUCAAUAUCUGAAGAAGAGUGUAUCGAACUUAUAGAUGUGAAAGAAAAAUCAUUAGAACAGCAACAAACAUUCCCCACUGUUGAUGAAACUGGAAGGGAUCAGAAAACAAUGUUGGCAUCCAAAGUUUCAACUCAUACUAAAUCCACAAAAAAUGUGAAGAAACACCAAAUAGAAUCACCAGUACCUUCUGUUCUAGAAGGAACAGAAGUAAUAAAAAAAUCUAAAAAACCAAUGGAUACAAAACUUGACGAAGUUGGCCACGACAACGAAAGUCAACCUUUAGCAGUUGUUUCUACCUUAACACAACAAAAUGCAAGAGAUAUCUUGCAGUCUGUAAAAGCAUCAGCAUUUGAUCGAACACGCGAAUAUGGUUCUCAAAAGAGUCUGGUAGAGGCCCAGGAAAAUGUUCUAGGCACCAAGGAAAUCAUAUCUGAAGAAUUCGAUUCAAAUUAUUUGUUACCACCUACACGUAUUGUUUCAUCUAAAGCAUCAACAUGCAAAAUAACUGUUUCUGAAAGCAAGGGUAAAGCUGAUGAUUCAAUAUCUGAAGAAGAGUGUAUCGAACUUAUAGAUGUGAAAGAAAAAUCAUUAGAACAGCAACAAACAUUCCCCACUGUUGAUGAAACUGCAAGAGAUCAGAAAAAAAUGUUGUCAUCCAAAGUUUCAACUUCUACUAAAACCACAAAAAGUGCGAAAGACCACCAAAUAAAACCAUCUGUACCUUCUGUUCUAGAGGGAAAAGAAGUAAUAAAAAAAUCUAAAAAACCAAUGCGUUCAAAACAUCUUCGGCGUUCUGAUGUUUUAGAUCAAGAAGUUGACCACGACAACGAAAGUCAACCUUCAACAGUUGUUUCUGCCUUAACACAACAAGAUGCAAGAGAUCUCUUGCAGUCUGUAAAAAUAUCAGCAUUUGAUCGAACACACGAAUAUGAUUCUCAAAAGAGUCUGAUAGAAUCCGAGGAAAGUGUCCUAAGUACCAAGGAAAUCAUAUCUGAAAAAUUCGAUUCAAAUUACUUGUUACCACCUACACGUACCGUUUUACCUAAAGCAUCAACAUGCAAAAUAAACGUUUCUGGAAGCAAGGAUAAAAUGCACAUUUCAAUAUCUGAUGAAGAGUGUAUCGAAGUUAUAGAUGUAAAAGAGGAAACAUUAGAGCAGCAAGAAACAUUUCCUUCUGUUGUUGAAACUGAAAGAGAUCGGACUAAAAAGUCGUCAUCCAAAGUUUCUUCGGCUGUAAAAGGAACAAAAAUAAAAAAAUCGAAGAAACCAGUGCGUGGAAAAAAUCUGAGGCGUUCUGAUAUUUUAGGGGAAGAAUUUGACCACGACAACGAAAGUCAACCUUCAGCAGCUCUUUCUGCCUUAACACAACAAAAUGCAAGUGAAAUAUCUGUAAAAAUAUCAGCAUUUGAUGAAGCUGACGAAUAUGAGCCUCAAAAGAGUCCCAUCGAGACCGAGGAAACUGUUUCUAAAAGCAGUAAGAGUAAAGCGAAUAAUUUAAUAUCGGAGGACAAGUCUAUCGAAGUUAUAGAUGUGAAAGAAAAAACAUUAGCACAGCAAAAGACCUUUUCCGCUAUUGAUGAAACUGAAAGUGAUCAGAAAAAAAUGUUGUCAUCGAAAGUUUCAACUAAAUCCACAAAAAAUGCGAAAGAACCCCAAUUAAAACUACAAGUAUCUUCUGUUCUAAAAGGAAUGGAAGUAAUCAAAAAAUCUAAGACACCAGUGCAAACAAAACCUCUUCUAUGCGCUGAUAUAUUAGAUCGAGAAAAGAAAUUCGAAAACCAAAAAGAGAUUCAAUCUGUUUCUGGCUUAAAAGAACAAAACAUAAAAGAAAAACCGGUCAAAAUCUCAUCAUGUGAUAGAAAGAAUUCCAUUGAGAUUUUAGUUAACCAGGAAAUCAUAUCUGAAAACGUUACUGAAGAAGUCAAUUCAAAGUAUUUUUUGCCACCUAGACUCAACGCUUCACCUAAUUCAACUUGUGUAGAAAAAUCUUUCACAGUAACAGAUGCGGAAGAAAUGUUGGAACAGCAAAAAAUAUUACCCACUAUUGAAGAAGAUGAAAGAAAUCGUAAAGAAAUUUUGUCGCCCAAAGUUUCAGCUUGUAUUAAAACUACAAGAAAAGCUAAGGGAAAAAAAUUAAAACCACAACAAAGGAAAAAACUCACAACUCUAAAAGAACAAAAUACAAGAGAAACGCCUGUCAAAAUAUCAAUAUUUGAUGAAAUUGAAGAAAACGUGACUGGUUCUAACAAAGAAAACGAACAACCGGCACUAGAAACAUUUGCUGAUUCUCCAAUAAAAAUGAAAUCAAAGCGUUUUGAAAAUGAGCAACAAACGGAAGAAGAAGAGAAAAUAUUUAAACCACCAGACGCUGUUUCGCCAGAAGUGAGUAUAACUAAAUAUGCAAGUCAUGAAUCGUCAAUUCAUAAUGAUUUAGAACACGGAAAAGAAUUAGGUAACCAAAAAGAAAAACCAAAAUUAAGUGAUACUACUUCCAACUUAAAUGCCAAUUUAAAUUCAAAAGACACUGAACAAGUAUUAACAUUUCCUAAACUAAUAGUACUAUUAGAUAGAUUUGACUCUAAUUUACAAAAGAAAAGAACAAUUUCAAAACCAAUUGAAGACGUCUCAGAAAACCGUAAGUCAGAACAGAUACAAAGUAUGUCUAAUGAUUUGAUUCUCAAAAAUAUAGAAGAUAAGUCGAUGAAAUCACCAGAUGCUCGUGCUAUAACCCUAGAUGAUAAAUUGAACCAAAAGGGAUCCACUUCUAAAGUGGAAAAAGAAAAUGUAACAAAUUAUACCACAGUGGAAGCUGUCGUGACGUUGAAAGAUAAUUUAGAGCACCAAAACGAAAAAGAAACACUAAAAUCAAUUAAAAGUACUACUCAAUCCUUAAGAAAAAGACAGAAAAAAUCCAAAAGAACGCAAAUUAUGGUACCGCAUGAUGAGGAAGUCAUACAGGAUUUCACAGAGAGUACAAAUAGCAAACAGUCAUCAUUUUCUGAUCCAAAGGUAAAAGAAAAAGUAGGCGACAAAGAAAAAUCAACUUCAAAAUUACAAAUAUCCGGAGAAAAAAUGUAUGAUAAUAAAAUAAUACAGGAGUCUGCAGUACCUACUUCUAAAUCUAGUGAUAUCGACUUAAAUUUAAAAAAUAUCGAACAAGUACCGUCUUUUAAUCAACUAGUAGAGUUAUUAGAUAGACAAUCAUCAUUUUCUGAUCCAAAGGUAAAAGAAAAAAUAUACGACAAGGAAAAAUCAACUGCAAAAUUACAAAUAUCCGGAGAAAAAAUGUAUGAUGAUAAAAUGGCACAUGAUAAUAAAAUAAUGCAGGAGGCUGCAGUACCUACUUCUAUAUCUACUGAUAUCGGUGUAGGUUUACAAAAUAUCGAACAAAGUCCGUCGUUCGAUCAACUGGUAGAGUUAUUAGAUAGAUAUGGAUAUGGUGUACAAAAGAAAACCACAGUUUCUAAACCGAUUGAAGAUGUUUCAGAAAAAAGUAAAGAACCGGUAUUAUCUACAGUAGUUGCUGUAAAAGAAUGUGGACUAGCAGAUGACGAAAAAGAUACACAAGCAUCUACGUUAGAUAUUGAUGUUUCAUCCCAAGUAAUACAAGCGAAGACAAAUGUGCAAGAAGAGAUCAUAGAUGAUGAUUUAAAACAGGGUGAAAAAAGUGAAGGUCCCAGAAGUAAGAAAAUACAUAUAAGUGAAAGUUCGAGUGAUGAAACUGAAUGCGAAGGAAAUUCUGUGCUGGAUGAGGAAUUAAAUGAAUCAAUAAUAAUAAUGAAAAUCGACAAAACUAUAGGAAACAAUAAGAUCGAUUUAGUACAGCCAAUUUUGCAAAAUGAAAAAGAUGAUACAUGUAUCAGAAACACCAGCGUAAAGGAUAUAGAAGUGACAACUAUGCUAGAUCAUUCAGAGAAAAAUUUGUCAGAGAAAGGACAAGAAGAUAUUAUCAGACGACCGCGGGCACUUAAUGCAGUGUUAACGGAUAGCGAUAUGAGCAUAGAAGAUUUUUCCUCGGAAGUGCAAAAAUUACCUCCGGCUGAUAAGAAAGAUGGAGGAGAAGAAAAUAGUGUUAAAACCUUGAGCAAUGAGAAACCUUUAGAAUUUGAUAGACUUGCAGCUGAUAAUAAAAAGGUUAUAAGUGGUGAGAAGAAAACGAAGGAAGUAAAUGAAAAAAAUAAAGAAAACAAUUUGCCUCCAACGGAACCCAAAGUAAUCCCAAUCGAAAGGAGUUGUAUGGCGGACAAGACGAAUAAUAGUAGUAUUCGAAGAAAAAGAAAAUUGUAUGAUCCAAAUGAUUUGUCUGUGUUUUCACACCUAGAAGAUGAGGUUGAGAGAUACGAGAAGAUGACUAAGGAACAACAAAUUGAGAUGGAAGAAGGUAUAGAUAAGUCUAAUACAAUCGACAAAUCACGUUUACUCCUAUUAAGUUCAGCCAAGGAGGGCCAUUCAUCAACCACUUAUAAAAAAAAGUCUGCUUCGUUAAAUUUCGUCAAAAAAUAUCAAGACCCAUCAAUAAAUGGCAGAAUCAAUUUGACAACAAGUUAUGUCAGAUCUAAAAAACCCAAAAAGGGUACUAAUUCACGAAACCGUUCAUAUUUAUCCGGUAUGAUUACGCUACACAAAAGAAAUAAACACGAAAGUAGUGUUAAUAUCAGUAAAGCCGAUCGAACAAUGUUAAACAGAACCUUGCACAAAAUUUUUGGCUGGCCAGAUGAAGGUGACAGUUUCUUGAAAAAAGUUCUUAAAAAAUCCCAUGCAAACGCCUCGGAAUUAAAAACUCAAGAAUAUGUAGAAUCACAAGAUGAAAAUACUGGAAGUCCUGUCAUUGUCAAAGCUAAGGGUCCUACAAAGAAGAAAAGAUUACCAAAUGAUCAAAUCCGUUAUGCUGAUUUAAUCAGAGCCCGAGAUGCCAGGAGCCAUAAGGCGAAGGAAACUUUUAUGAAGAUUCUGCAAGAUAUUCAAGAUGAUCUAAAUGAUGGAGAGUCUUUGAUGGACAUGCUUCGUAAAUCUAAGGAAAAACCAACAGCUAAGGAGAAACGUUCUUCCAAAAAUAGAAGCCGUAGAUCUAAAACAAAGGCAAAUAAUAGCUCCAAAGUCAAAAGAUCUAAUGUUCCACAAAAAAGACGUAGUAGUACACCACAUAGGUCUGAUCAAUGUUCUUCGAACAAGAAACGAAAAAUUAAGAAAAUCGGUGGUAAGAAAAAAGAGGGAGAAAUAAAUGACAAAAAUAAAGAAAAUAAUUUUCUUCCGAUAUUAGACGAAGAUUUGUCUUUUCAAAUUAGUUGUGUUGCGGAGAGGAACAAUAGCAAUAUUAGACGAAAAAGAAAAUUGUAUGAUCCAAAUAAUUUGUCUGUAGUGUCACACCAAAAAGAUAUGGUUGAAAGAUGCGCAGAAAUGAUAACUGAAGAAACCCAUUUUUAUGAAACACGGGAACCAAGAUUGCCAGAAAAAAUUCAGGGACGUCUAAAAAAGGGAUUCUGGGGGAAACCUCAAAUAAUCUAUGAGGAAGGAGUAGAAGAAGGGUAGAAAAGUCUAAUGGUCUAAUAAGUUUAACAAAAUUUGUUUCAUUUAGAAUUCGUUUUUUUGUUAUAUUAAAUUUAUUAUUUUUUCAAUUUAAAUAUAUUUAUAAUAUUUAAAUAAAGAUACCUGAUACAUAUUUAAGAAACCUUUUCAGAAAACCAAUCAGAAAGGGGUAGAACACAGGUAGAAAAUAGAUAAGUUUAACAAAAUUUGUUUCAGUUAGAAUAAGUUUUUGUGAUAUAUUUAAUUGUUCAUUUUUCUAAUUUAAAUAAAUUUAUAAUAUAUACCUACCUAAAGAUAAUUAGAUUAUUUGAGAAGAUAAAUAUUUUCAUAAUUCGUUAAACACAUGAAUUGGAAAAUUGUAUUUAUUCUAUUUAUAUGUAAUUGAACUAAA